CCUUUCGCAAUCAUGGCGACUGACAGAGCUUCAUAACAGUUACAUAUCACAGCUUUUUAUGCGUGAAUUACUGCAGCCCUCAGUUUGACAUUCGCUUGUUUUGUUGUUAAAAGUGAACUCUGAACAAUGCCUAAAUAUUACGAGGAUAAAGAGGAGGACAGCAGAGCCUGCGCGGGCAUUAGAGAGGACUUCAAGGCUUGUCUCCUUCAGCAUGACUGUGUGGUAAAGGAGGGAAAGAUGCCCAGCGAGUGUCUGAAGGAAGGCCAUUGCAAAGCCCUGCAGACAUCAUUCUUUGAGUGCAAGAGGUCCAUGCUUGACACAAGGUCACGAUUCAGAGGGAGGAAAGGAUACUGAUACCAACGUUAACGUCUGACAUGGCUGAUCGAAAAGCUGUAAAUAUUUAUAUUGAUCACAAUCAAUAGUUCUUCAGCGUGUGUGAACCUGCAUCUUUAGUUUUAUCAAUACCUCACCUGAAGCACAGGUGAGGAAGAGCAGCAGCAAGCUACGGGAUAUGAAGAACCUACAGAGGAUUACACCAUUAAUCUUUAAAAUAUGGGGGAGCAGAAUAAGACCAGAGCUCAUAUUGGUUGGAGCAUCCAGUAUGUGAGAACA